GAGAGAGGGGGAGGGAGGGAGAGGGAAUCCCAAGGAGAGCAAAUGAGACUCCAAGUGAGACUCCAAAUGAGAGGUGAGAGAAGUGACUCCCUGUCAUCCUCUUAGCUGCACCCACGUGACACCGCACCAUACGUUUUGUAUGUUCCCCCCAACCCCCAAUCUCUCUCUAAGCUAAAAGCUACUAGGAACAGAGUGAGGGAGAGCGAGAGCGGGGGGGUAGGUUUCUUGAUUUAUUUAUAAAUAGUUGCGUCGUCCCUCCGUUUUUGCUCAAAGCUAGCUAGCCCUCCGCCUUCAGCUUGACUACCUGAGAGCCACCUGCGCCUCUUCUUAAUUUCUCAUCAUCUAACCGCUCUCUCUCCUUUCUCUCUCUCUUCUCUCUCUCUCUCUCUCUCUCUCUCUCUCUUGCGUAUAUAAUUUCAAUUUUUCUUGUUUAAUUAGGCAAAUCCAGUACUUGUAGCGGCUUGUAUCUAGCUGCAGCAACAAGUACCGAAAGCUGUGAGCUCUUGCAAGGAGCGUACCGCUCCCCACUCAACCUCCUCAUAUUUCAUGUGGGUGCUGGGAUACAUGAUAUAUACAACUACGAUGUUCCCUUAUAACCCUGACCCUCCCUACUUUGCUAUGGAAUCAAGGCCCCUUUCUCCUUUCUUCCCCUUCUCUCCUGAACUGAACCAAGACAGCACCCUUCAUGACCUUGUCUUUCCUCAGCUCGGUGCUGAGGCUCAGUCACCAUUAACUCCUCCAACCGCUCCACCAAUCAAGGAAGCCAGAUCGCCUCAUAAGAAGGCAAAUGUUGCAAUCGGACGCAAACGAACAACAAGAAAAGAUCGUCAUAGUAAGAUAGUUACAGCGCAAGGGCCGAGAGACCGGAGGAUGAGAUUGAAUCUUGAGGUUGCUUCACAGUUCUUCAAUAUCCAAGACAUGCUUGGCUAUGACAAGGCAAGUAAGACCGUGAACUGGCUCAUGAAGGAAGCUAAGGACUCCAUCAAGAAGCUCAAGGUCAUCGCUAGGCCAAAAGAACACAGUUUGAGCAACGAAGCGUCUACUUCGGAAUUGGAAAGUGAGGAUAUUUCUGCAGUCUCCGAUUGUAAGGGAAACCCUCCGGCUAGUCCUCAAGAAAAUACCGCUCCAACGGCGAAGAAAGCAGGACGUCGACCAUCA